AUGGGGCCGCGCUGGGCGCUCCUCGCCGCGCUCCUCCACGCCGCGGGCGGCCGGGAAUAUUCAUUGCCUUAUACACCACAGUUUGCAAAAUGCAAAGAUCCCAGCACUGAAUUCUAUGAAGAAGGACUUAAUAAAUGUUGCAGCCAGUGCCCUCCAGGCCAGUAUAAGACAGAGAGCUGCAGUCACGCUGCGGACACGAAGUGCAGUCCCUGUAGACCUAACACGUAUACGGCAAUCUGGAAUCGGUCUCCUCAGUGCUUUGCCUGCUCACCACCCUGCAGGAAAGGAUUUGUGCAGAAUCAAACAUGCACUAAGUCACAGGACAGAAUCUGUAGCUGCCCACCCAAUGAGUACUGCAUUUCGAAAAUAUAUGACUACUGCAAAAUAUGUAAAGUGCAUAAAAAGUGUGGAAAAGGUUAUCGAGUUUCCAGAAGAGGGACAGAGAGCACAGAUACAGAAUGUAAACCUUGUCCUCCUGGCACUUUUUCACAUGAGGAAUCUUACGAUACCAGCUGUAUACCACAUACAGUUUGUAAAUCAGUGGCUGUUCCUGGAAACAGCAUGAAUGACACUGUUUGCAGCGACUCCGGAACAGCAGUUGCCACAGUUCUACCUCACACUAUUAUGAACGUGCUCCUGACCCAAAGCUCAGCUUCCAACAAACCUGAAAUAAUAACUCGACCUGUCAUUUUAAACUCUGUACCUGACAUGUCUCACAUCAUCGGAUCAGUAGCAGGACCAUUGUUAUUGGUCCUGAUAAUCACUAUUUUGGGGUAUUGCUUAGUCUCCAAAAAAAAAGCCCUUGUAUACUCUCCACCGACUACAGAAGCAGAUUCGCCUUUUUCCCCUACAGAAAAGCAGUGCGACAAAAAAGUAAGAAAUACAGGAUCGCAAAACUCCAGCAGUUCUGAACAGGAGGAACAGCAUCUCUUGGAAACUUCUGGGUCCAGCAGUAGCUCCCUGAAUAAUCCAACUGGAUCAGCAAGAGUCAGUGUAGUCAGUAACAAGAACAAUGAAAAGAAAGAAACAGAAGAAUUUCAGCAACAUGCGGCUGCAGAAGGUUGUAAGCUUCACAGUGGAGACAGACACAACUCGGCGAGUUCAGAACAUUCUGGUAACGGAGGAACGCAGGUGAACGUGACUUGUAUUGUUAAAGUAUGUAGUCCAGACUGCAGUUCCCAGUUCCCAGAACAGACUAGUUCAACUAGCAUGGAUUACGGAAACGGUCCCUAUUAUUCCCCAACAGGGGAAGAAAUUCCCCUUUCAAAAGAAGAAAACCCCUUGAAAAAAGAAACUGAAAUUCAGAUCUCAGUGGAAAAUGAGGACAAUUUACUUCAAGACUUACUUCCAGAAGAAAAGAAGUUUCCUCUGGGUAUUCAAGAUGCGGGGAUGAAAACCAGUUAAAGAAAAUUACAGACGUAUAUUGAUUGAUGGAUAAAAUUAAUCAAACAACCCCUUAUCUUCUAAAAUAAACGUUAUGUUAAAUGUAGCAUUCCUACAGAGACUUGAAAUUUCAGAUGAAUAUAGACACUGAUGGUUUUGACUUUUUUAGUCUGUUUUGUCAGCUUUGAGAGUCAAAGGAUGAUCUUUGCAGUUUAAAAAAAUUUGAAUGCUUUUUCUUUUAAACUGAA